AUGGCUCCAGGAGAUUCACAGACGCUGCAUCCUAAGCCGAAGUCGGCGGUGCCGUCGUAUCUGCUGAAUGGAAACGCUUCGGUGCGCAUGCCGAGCAACAGUCGAGAGCGCGAGAGCCUGAACCACUCGAUCAAGUCGUCCUUUGAACGGAAACAUGCACUGGGGCCGGAAGAGCUCAGAGACGCGGCUACUGUCACGGAUACGUCGAAUACAAAUGGCCCUGCUUCCGGUACCGACGAGAGCAAGGUCAAUGGCGAGGAGCAGAAGCCGAACGGGCUGAAGAUGGUGACCGAUGUGGCCUCACAGCAACCGAAAUACAACGGGAACAGUCACUUAAGGGAGCAUAGAGAUCAGAUAUCUCCUCCAUCGACUGCUGUCAGUCGUCCUGCCAGUCCAUAUACGUUGAAUCCACCGAUAGACUUUGACGGACUCAGCUGGCCUAGUCUGGGAACAAGAGAGCGGUUGGAGUCGACGCCUGAACAAACCGAACAGCGGAUUCAGAAGCUUGCAGGUGCCGUGAGGACUAUUCUUGAGUGCAUUGGAGAAGAUCCAGAGCGUGAAGGCCUGCUCGAGACGCCAGAGCGAUACGCCAAAGCUCUCAUGUUCUUCACAAAGGGAUAUGAAGAGAAUGUACGCGAUCUGGUUAAUGGUGCUGUAUUCCAUGAGGAUCACGAUGAACUUGUGAUUGUCAAGGACAUCGAAGUGUUCUCCUUAUGCGAGCACCAUAUGGUUCCUUUCUCGGGAAAGAUGCACAUUGGCUACAUUCCUGACCGUAGAGUCCUUGGUCUCUCGAAACUUGCUCGUCUUGCGGAAAUGUUCUCUCGCCGACUUCAGGUUCAAGAAAGACUAACAAAGCAAGUCGCCCUCGCCAUUGUUGAAGUUCUCAAACCACAAGGCGUUGCUGUAGUCAUGGAAUCAAGCCAUCUCUGCAUGGUCAUGCGUGGUGUCCAAAAGACAGGCAGCACUACAACCACUAGCUGCAUGCUUGGUUGUAUGAGGUCAAGCGCAAAGACCAAAGAAGAGUUCCUCAGCCUGUUGAACAGGAGAUAA